CGAUAAGGUUAGGAACGAUACUCGCGCUUGUUCUCACUAGCCUUACGCUCGCUCGCCGAAGCACUUCGCUUGCACUGUGAACCAUGGCGCUGACCACACAAAAGGCGUUCAGCUCGACCUCCUCGGCCGCAGCUCGGAGCCGUGCAGGCGCCAUUCGCGUGUGCUGCCAAGCACGCCCCCAACCCCAACGACAGCAGCAGCAGCCCGCUGAGGUGGCUCGGCGGCAGUUCCUGCAGGGCUCUGUGGCGCUUGCUGCCGCAGCGGCUGUGCUUGCUGGGUCCCAGCCGGCUGCGCUGGCCGCCUCACUGCCCCCUCAGGACAUCAAGGUGCUGUGCAACGCGGAAUGUACGGCACAGUUGGAUGCCGUUGAAACGGUUACGCUGCCUUCGGGACUGCAGUACAAGGACAUCGUGGUGGGCAGCGGACCCAACCCGCGUGUGGGCUUCCAGGUGGUGGCGCACUAUGUGGCCAUGACGCCCAACCUGCGGGUGUUCGAUAGCAGCUUGGAAAAGGGCAAACCGUACGACAUCAGGGUCGGAGCCGGACAGAUCAUUCCCGGUCUGGAUGAGGGCAUCCUGGGCAUGAAGACGGGCGGCGUGCGGCGGUUGUACAUCCCCGGGUCGCUGGCGUUCCCCAGGGGACUCAAGGCAGCGGCCGGCAGGCCCUCCGUCCCCCCCGCUAGCCCCGUGGUGUUCGACGUGCAAUUGCUGUACAUUCCCGGCUUGGAGGAUGCGGACGAGUAAACCAGAGCGAGCAGUAGUGGGCUUUGGAGACGCCGGACGUGCGUUGCAUUUUACCUUCAAGCAAGCUGGGAGGGUAGCGGUGGCAGGCAUUUGCCGGCCUCUGCAGCAGGAAGCGAGUGUUGGGGCAGUAGUGCCCGAUUUUGUGAUUUGCCGGUAGUCCUUGCCGUGGCAGUGGACGGAAACUUGAGUGGAGGGUUGUUGUCAGUAAAGGCAUGCUAGUUUCGCCGGAUCUUUGUGUUUGGUUUCAUACCAUACCUGACGAGCGUCUGGAGGAGUGGAGCCGUGGAGGACUGCUGCCUGCUAUUUCUGGCUGUAAGUGCUCGGGUCUUACGAGUCUUGUCGACAAUCGACUUGUGUAUCACGAGCCAGAAGUGCUGUAUGUAGAAAGUGGAAAACAGAGCUGCCAAGUCUGCAUGUAAGAGGAGCAGACG